GUAAAAAAUUGCCGUUGUCUUUAGUACUUUAUAUUCACAUUUGAAUUGUUGUUUAAGUUGUUGAUUUUACGCAAACAAAUGAUUUAGUGCGCUUUUUAAUUUUAAGGUGGCACGGGCGAUUUAUCUGCCGUUGAGGUUCAAAGUGACGGUACAUUAAAAGAAUUGUGCAGUGCAGCUGGAGAGCGCGUUGGCGGGCAACAAGUGAAUGAGGCUUUCUUGCAGGCAAUCUACGACAGCUUCAAAGGAAGCAACCACGUAUGAAAUAACGAAGUUGGAGCGAGAAUUUGAAGCAAGCAAGCUUUCAAUCAUACCCGAUUCGACAGAGGAGAAAAUAAAAUUAUCUACUCCAAAACUUGUACGUGAAUAUAUUACUAACAAAAAAAUGAUGUUUGUAGAAGAUGCGCCGAUUUCAUACAACAAUAACGAUGAAACACUUGAAGUAAAACGUCAGUUCGUUCGUGAAAAAUUAUUUGCAACGCCGUGUGCUUUAAUUAAUCAAACCGUACUGAAGGUGUUAAAAGAGCAACCCGAAAUCAAAAUCGUUGUACUAGUUGGCGGUUUUGCAGAAUCAGGUAUCGUUCAACAAAAUGUGGCCGCUACGAUAAAGGAAACAUUUCCAGAUGUCAAAGUUGUUGUACCAACAUCUCCAUUUCGUGCAGUUUUGACAGGUGCUGUUUUAUUUGGACACAACACUUUUAUUUUCAAAAGUAGAAUAAGUAGAGCAACAUAUGGCGUUGGUACAAACCAACUUUUUGAUGAAGCAAUGCACAAUCCAUUAAAGAAAUGGCUUGAUGAGGAAAACAACGUUCAUCGAUGCAAAGACGUGUUUUCCAUACAUGUGAAGAAAGGAGAUUCAGUUGCUCUAAACGUGGAAUUAGAAGCAAAAACUUACAUUCCUCUGUAUAAGGCACAGAAAGAAGUCAGUAUUCCAGUGUACGAGUCUUCGGAGGUUGGACCCACAGAUGGAUCGGUAAUGUAUACAACGGAUAGUGGCUGCACGAAAAUUGCAGAUAUUAAAGUUGCGAUCCCAACUGCAAACGAAUCAAGCGAACGUGGUGUGUCCGUCAGAAUGAUAUACGGAGGCACACAACUCUCCGUCAAUGCUGUUUGUACACAUACUGGCAAACUGAACGACACGUGCUUCAUUCGCAAAUUGAUAUUGGUGUUAGCAGUGCUGGGGAUGAACAGGGACAUGAUCAGUCUGAAUCCAGAACCGGCCAAACGGCCGAACAGUGCGUACUAUCUGACAAACGCAAAAACCAUGAACGUCACCAACUUUGCAUGGUCCUUCCAUGCGAUAUGGAAAGGAGACAUUGACUAUGGCCCUCCCGUCCGCUUGUUCACACCCGGUGUGGUUGAGUCAAGCUCCCGGCACCAGAAGUGGGAGUUCAGUGUCAAAAAGGAAUUUUUGGGAUCCAGACCACUUACAAAAAAAAGAGAGCAAACUGACCUGGAAGAUGAUGCCAACGAGGAAUGUUCAAACACUUCUGAGGGACUCCUUGAGAAGUACAGCAAGGUAGUUGAUGAGCUUCAAAUGAUGAAGGACAAAUGUUCUAAACUGGAAACGGAAAACUCAGAAUUGAGGCGUCAACUGACAGAGCUUUCAGUACCAAUUGUACGCGGCUCGGACCCCUGGUCCGAACAAGCUGGGCUACUGAAGAACCAGUUUUACUGCAACUUCCAGACACCGCAUGGACCUAUAGGCUCGUUUGCCGCCGGGACGGCGGACUUGUCCAUCGUUUUCAAUCAAAACGUGCAGGAUAUCGUGAACACGGACAUGAUCAUUCUGAAUCCAGAACCGGCCAACCGACCGAGCAGUACGUACUAUCUGACAAACGCAAACACAACAGACUUCACAAACUUAACAUGGUCCUUCCAUGCGAUAUGGAAAGGAGACAUCGACUAUGGCCCUCCCAUCCGCUCCUCCACACCCGUACCCCAGGGAAGAUGUAAUCUCAUUAAAGGCUCAUCCGUUACCGGUAAUGGUACAUUUACAUAA